AUGCCCCGUUUCAUCCGACGCGCGCUCGUCUUGCCAACUUUGUUAUCCAGUCGUUUGCUCUGCCGUGCAGAAGAGUCGGAGUACUUCCUCAGCAGAGCCUUCCCGAACCCGAAGAACGGUCCGGGCACGCAUACACACGACGGACGAGUGGCUAUCGCCGAGACGCUGCCGCUCAUCCUCGCCCGGCUCAAGGCCACGGCGGACCAGUGGCUCGGUCAGUCGACGACGCACGUCGUCAUCGCCGUCCCGCGUCGCGUCUGCGACGAUGAGCGGCGAGCGAUCAGGGAGGCCGCCGAGUCCGUCGGGCUGAGCGCCUUGAUGCUCUUGCCAGCCCCGCGGGCUGCUGGCUUGGCUUUCGGGGUCGACGAUCACCAAGACGAGCGCGUCGGUCUGGUUGUCGAGAUGGGACGGCGGCAUUUCGAGGCGUCUUUGCUGGGAUACGACUGGGGCGUUUUUGAAGACCUGGCAGAUGUUACUGAUACGGCCUUCGGCGAGGAGAUGGGGGACCUUGUCGAAGGCUCUUACCCCACAGGAUCCCGUGGCAGUGAGGACCCUUUUGAAAAGGCGCUUACGUAUAUGGACCUGGUCAUCCGAGAGGCGGGCUUGACGAGAGGGGAUGUGGACGACAUUGUGCUGGUUGGCGAGUACGCCCGCAACGAAAGGGCGCGGUCGCUGGUGCGAGAUUUCUUCGGCGGCAGGGAUCCUUUGAGGUGUUCGUACGGCGCCGAUGGCGGCUGCGAUCCGGACGAGGCGGUCACGACGGGAGCCGCUAUUUCAGCGAAGAUGUACACGCUGCCCCGCCUGCUAGGAAUUAGAGAGCCUUGA